AUGUUUACGUCCGAAUUUCAGGAAAAAGAGAAGAAAGAAAUUUCCCUUCCCGGCAAAAAGGCUAACGAAGUGAAGGAGUUGCUUCAGGUUAUUUACCCUACUGUAGAAAGGAAGCCACCCGAUGAAAUAAAAGAGGAAAAUUGCCACUACCUCUUAAGCCUCGCACAUGAAUAUCAAAUGGCAGCCAUUACUCAGAGAUGCGAAGACUUCAUUGUCAAAAUAAUGAAGGAAUCUUUUUCAGUGAAAAAGGAUCCGGAUAUCAUUGCAGAGCUGGUAUUUGCACAGACGUACAACUUAAAGAAGCUAAAGCAGGCAAGCAUUGAACUGGCUCAAAGUCUUGCUCUUCCAGAGUUGAAAAAGCAAAAAGGUUACGAUGAAAUCCAUUCAGAGAAUCUUCAGGAAAUUAUGGAAAGAAUGAUAACACGGCUACAGAGUCAAUUGACUGACACUCAGACUAAAUUAAGUGAAGCUAAGCGGUCUCUAUCUUAUUUCCAACUGCGAUAAAAGACCUCAUCACACAGCACACAACGUCAAUUUUUGGAAAAUAUCUGUUCUGUAGACGAUUUGAGAUCUAGAAUUUUCGGAACAUUUUUGUGUAAAAUUUCUUGCUUGCCUGCCUCUCCAAGGAUUUUCGAACAUCUAAAAAAUGGUAUAAUUGGCCAUUUUAACGGAUUUUUACCCUAAAAAGAUCAUCUAAGUAGUCUAGUGUGUUGAAAAUUAAGCCUCAUUGGUGGAUUCCCUUUGGAUUCCCUCGCAAAAAGUGGAUUUCCUUCAUUGCAUAAUAUGCAGGAUUCCCUCCAUACGUAGUAAGUGUCUUCCUCCAUAUCUAAUUAUGUGGAUAGUCGUUUCUUUUCUUUUGAAAGAACACAAUAGGAACUAUAGGCUUGCCUAGACUUGUCCGGUAUGUAACUUGAGCCCGGUUUACCGGAAUGUCUAUUACACCUAGCAACGCGAGAAACGGCUUACUAUAUCUUAUUUAGCGCUAAAAAAAUCGGAUACAUCAACAGAACACAUACACAAAGUGGUGCUGAAAAGUCUUUAUUUCAAUUUUGUCUGACAAUUACAGAACCGUUUUUUCCUGUCUAUCUCGAGGACAUGAAAAACGAUUAAAGUUUUGUCAUUUUCACGCACUGUUAGUCAGUUAAUUGUGCGAGUUCACAAGCCCAAAGUUGAAUACAAAUUAAUUCAUCUCUACAGCUAGACCCAAGGGAGCACCUUGACGUAAAAAUAUCAUAUAAACAAUGGUUUUACGCAGUUUUCAAUGGAAUCAAACCACUAUGAGAUGAAGCCGCGUUUCCAAAGCUUAUCAUUUUCUUAAAAAAUUAAAUUAGCUAAUUGUGUGGAUAGCAUGCUAUUUCACUGUUUUUAUGAUGCUUAAAACUUCGUUUCAAAAUAUUUCGAAAACGCUCUCAUAGAAUUUGUUCAAACUUUGACGUAAUUGAGGCAAUUAUGGCAGAUACAAACUCCCUUAAGCGAUUUCUUAAAAAAAACUCUUGGUACAGAGAAACACAAAGAUAAAUAAAAAACGUAAUUGCGUCGUUACGUUGCCAUGGCGACUCCGAUUGCAAUAAAACCCAGAUCAUAAAAAAUUUUCAUCUUUAUAUAAUACAGUUGUGGUAACCUUUUCCCCAUAUGUUUACUCAUGGCAACGUAGUUAAUGCUCAAACUUGGGAGGUAUCCCCUCCAAAAAGUCCAGUCGAGCCACCUUAGCAAGGAUCAAUUAAAACACGCGACUAAUAAUUGCUAGCAUAUAAAACCACAAGAGAGAUACCGUUUUAAAAACUUUAUUAAAAACCAAUUACAAAAAGAGUCAAAUACACAGCGAUUUGAAAUGAAAAGGAACGAAUUAAAACUAAUCCUUUGACUGACUAUUAAAAAUCCGUUUUUUGCAUUCUAUUUCGAGGAGUAAUAAAUAAUCCAUCCGUGUCUACACAAUUUCCCUAUGGACUCUAAGCCAAGAGUUCGACUUUCUUUGUUUCUUGCGCUUUGUCUUGUUCUUUGUAGUCGGUCUUUUAGCUUCAUUUCUCUGUGAUCUUGACAGUUCGUACACCGUUUCUUGUGUCUGUACUAGACUGCAAUAGUGAUUUUUUCCGGAAUUAUCCGCUUCACUUUCGUAAACGACGACCUCAACUGUAGGUUGCAGUUUCGCCUCUUGUAAAUACUGUCUUCACUGUAUGUGGUCUAACUGAUGAACAUCCGCGAGAUGGUUAGCUAAUCUGACAAGGUACUUCGCCCCUCACGAUGAAAUCGGACAGUUUCUGCAAACUCUCUUGUAAACCAUGUUGACAGUUCGGUGACUGAACACAAAUGACAUCUAUUUCGCAAAUAGUCAGGUUAUAUAGAGUGUCAGAAAGGCCAUAACCAGGUCUGAAAGGCCAAAACCAGGCCAAAGGGGAUAAAAGGAGACAAACGGGCCAUUUUUAGUCAUGUGUCUUUAUUUUUCUCAGACACACGCGUGGGUGUCGCGCGUCGCUAGUCACGCAAGCUCUCAACAUUAGAAUCAUCAUCUUUAUUAAGACAGUGUAAUCACAAAUAACAGUACCUAAUUAAAAAAGUUUUGAUCGUGAAUUAGUAAUUGGUAUUUCAAGUUUCAGAUUUUUUUAUUUAUUGUACCAGUUUACUAUUAUUGUUAUUAUGAUCAAGUAGCAAAAACCAACUAAUAAGAGGAAUGCAAAGAACAAUGUGAAAGCUGGGAAGAAUGCUAUAAAAGUCUUGAAUAACAGUAACCCCAUCCAGAUUAGAAAAAAGACGGUCAAGAAACGGUUCACUGAUGGCAGCCUCUCGAAUUUUACACGAUUUGGUCAUGAUGCUACGAGAGAAAGAGGACUCGUACUCAAAAAAAACGCAACGUCAACUGCGUCAUUAUUGUUAUUAUGAUCAAGUGAGCAAUAAAACACUCUUAAAGUUUGGUUGUUUACCGUUUUUAUUAAAACGCAACAAUACAAAGGUUUACGAAAAAUCAUAACGUUCCUAGUUGGACUAGUCCUUAGCUUGUGGAAUGGGCUGCUUUUGAUAGAGUCGAUUGAGUAAGAAUUUUCGCUUAUUCGCGUUCCUUUUCCUUUUCCUUUCUUUUCCUUUCAAUUUCUUUUUCUUUUAACUGGUCCGCCUAGAUUAGCAAUUGCUAUUUUGCGGGCCAGUCUAUUGUAACCAAUAGUCUUAUGAAAUAAAGUUGAAGUCGAUCGCUAGUUCUGUCGAUUCCAACCAAUCGAAUUCUUCUGUAUCUUUUAGUUCUUUUUGUGUUUCAAUCACUUUUUUGAAGGAGGGAUCUUUUUUCAUUGCACGCAUCCACUGUAGAUUCUCUAAGGGUACUUUUUUUAGCUCUUUUCUGUAAACAGGAAGAAGAGCGUUCUCGGCUUUCACGCGCGCCACAUUUUCUGAAUCUCCGUUCCCUUCGUACUCAUUGAUCAAUGCGUUGAGCUGGGUCUUAUGGCGUUUCUCGGCUUCAUCAAGAAUGCGUAACCAAGGCGCUAAGUUUUCUGUUUCUUCUUGGGAAGACUCCGUUCCUUGGCUAGAGACUUCGCUUUCUUGGGAGAAAUCGCUUUCUUCGCUGUCUUCAUAGUUUCCAGCACCUUGUUGAAGAUUGUAAUGGUGGUUGUUCCACAUUUCUUUGGUUUGAACCGCACGCGUGCUAAUAGGAAACUAAACUUCAGAAAGCAACGCGUCUCUUUUAAGCGUUCUCCUUCCUUAAUAAUAAUCGAUCUUACAUCGACCCACAUCUGCCAAACCAAGGCCAAACGAAGGUAAAAAGGGCCAAAACCAGGACAAUCGGGCCAAGUUUUGUAAUACUUUCUCUUCAGUCUAUGUAUCUUUGGAAAAUAGGUUUCUAGACGGCCCCAUCACACCAAUACAACUGGGACAACUGUACCCUUCUACGGUGUCUCCUGGUCUCUUGCUUUGUAAGUAACGACGACAAUCUUGACAGAGCAUUAUAUAACGGAGGCCAUCGUUGUCCAGGCGAAGGGCUAAACAUUUAUCUUUUAAUUCGUCACAUGUAAUAUACUCCUCUUUUACGCUCUUUUAAACGAUGUAUUAAUCAUGAACCAUUGUAUGAAAACAAUCUAGGAAACCGUAAUCGCCCUAGCCUCCUUGUUGUGAAAUUAAGUUUGCUAAAAGUAUUUAUCAUUCAGUUAAGGUAAUUCGCCUAUGGCAGACAAAGAAAGUAACGGUGAAUGGCAAGAUUUUACACAACCUUGGAAAUUUAGCGAUGUCGUUCUCGUGGUUGAAAGUGAAAAACUCCAUGUUCACCGGGCUGUACUUGCUUUUCGUUCCCCCGUUUUCGAGAAGAUGUUUACGUCCGAAUUUCAAGAAAAAGAGGAGAAAGAGAUAUCUCUUCCGGGCAAAAAGGCUAACGAAGUGAAGGAGUUGCUUCAGGUUAUUUACCCUACUGUAGAAAGGAAGCCACCAGAGCUAAUAAAAGAGGAAAAUUGUCACUACCUCUUAAGCCUAGCACAUGAAUAUCAGAUGGCGGUCAUUGUUGAUAGAUGCGAGGACUUCAUUAUCAAAGUAAUGAAGACUCGGAAACCAAAUAAAGAUGUCAUAGCGGAGGUGGUAUUUUCACAGACAUACGACUUGAAGAAGUUAAAGAGGGCAAGCAUUGAACUGGCUCAGAAUCUUACCCUUGAAGACUUGAAAAAUGAUCAGGUAGUCUAUGAUCAAAUCGAGUGA